AUGUCCUUUGUCAAGCUCAGCAUAUUCGGCACCUCCUUCGAGGUCACCACCCGCUAUGUCGACCUCCAGCCCGUCGGUAUGGGCGCGUUCGGCCUCGUAUGCUCCGCCAAGGACCAGCUCACCGGCUCCUCCGUCGCGAUCAAGAAGAUCAUGAAGCCUUUCAGCACUCCAGUCCUCAGCAAGCGCACCUACCGCGAGCUCAAGCUCCUCAAGCAUAUCCAGCACGAAAAUAUCAUCAGCCUCAGCGACGUUUUCAUCUCCCCCUUAGAAGACAUUUAUUUUGUCACGGACCUUCUCGGCACGGACCUCCACCGCCUCCUCACCUCCCGACCUCUAGAGAAGCAGUUCAUCCAGUACUUCCUAUACCAGAUCCUUCGCGGUCUCAAAUACGUGCACUCCGCCGGCGUCGUCCACCGCGAUCUCAAACCGAGCAACAUCCUCAUAAACGAAAAUUGUGACCUCAGGAUAUGCGACUUUGGCCUCGCGCGGAUCCAAGACCCGCAGAUGACGGGCUACGUCUCGACGCGGUACUACCGCGCGCCGGAGAUCAUGCUCACGUGGCAAAAGUACGACGUCGCGGUCGACAUCUGGUCCGCGGGCUGUAUCUUUGCGGAGAUGCUCGAGGGGAAGCCGCUCUUCCCCGGCAAGGACCACGUGCACCAGUUCUCGAUCAUCACCGAGCUGCUGGGCACUCCGCCAGAGGACGUCAUCCGGACGAUCGCGAGCGAGAAUACCCUGCGAUUCGUGCAGAGCCUCCCGAAGCGCGAACGCGUGCCUUUCAGCGAAAAGCUGCAUUGCAGCGACCCAGUCGCGAUCGACCUCCUGGAGAAGAUGCUCGUGUUCGACCCGCACAAGCGGAUCAACGCGACGGACUCACUCGCGCACGAGUACGUCGCGCCGUACCACGACCCGACGGACGAGCCGGAAGCGGCGGAGAAGUUCGACUGGAGCUUCAACGACGCGGAGCUCCCGGUCGAUACGUGGAAGGUCAUGAUGUACUCUGAGAUCCUCGAUUUUCACCAGGUUGGAGAUGCGCACCUUGGGGAUGGUGUCCCGGAGGGCGCGCUCGCUGCGCCUGAAGACCCGCCGAGAGGUACGGAUGCGCGUGCCGCGCCGGCGGUGGUGCCUGCUCCGGCAGUGGUGGUGGCAGCCGCAGCGGGAGUAGAUUAG